AUGUCUUACUUCUAACAUCCAACUCAAAAACCAACACUCGCUCAGCCACAGACCUCACUAUCUCUCUGUAAAUAUCCGCUCCCUCUCUCUCUCCUCCCAUUAUCCACGCGCGCGCACUCUCUCUUCCAAUGGCUGGUUUGCUGGAAACCAUUAAAGUCCCACGCGCCUCGGCUCUGCCGUCGUCAUCGCUGGCUCCGGUAGCCGGUUUUUCCUUCUCAAGCCCUCGUUCCUCCGUUAGAUUCUCUCAAUUCAGAGGCCUUAAGAUCCAGCUAACUCGCUCAUCCGUCUCCAAUACCUCAUGCUCAAAAUUCAUUCCCCGAGGAGGUCCAAUCGUCUGCGAAGCGCAGAAUACUGCCCUUGAAGUGGGUGCUGUUAAUGAUAAAACAUGGAAGUCACUUGUUGUAGAGUCUGAUAUACCUGUACUGGUUGAAUUUUGGGCUCCGUGGUGUGGUCCAUGCCGAAUGAUCCACCCGGUCAUUGAUGAACUGGCAAAGGAAUAUGCUGGCAAGCUUAAAUUCUUCAAGCUAAACACGGACGAAAGCCCUUCCACAGCAACCGAAUUGGGGAUUCGAAGCAUCCCAACUGUGAUGAUUUUCAAGAAUGGAGAGAAGAAAGAUGCAGUCAUUGGUGCAGUUCCUAAAUCUACACUAACCACCUGCAUAGAGAAAUUCUUGUAAAAUGGUAUCUUAUGAGAAUCUUCCUGUUUCUAUUUUCCCUCCUUGCCUUUGAUGUGGCAAAAUUAAUCUAGUAAACCUGAAAUGCUCCUGUAUAGUUCGGUGGCAUUAUGUUUCCCCAUUAACAUUAUGUUGGUAGUUGAAUGUUUCUGUUGAGUUAGUUUGUAAUAUUUGGGGGGUCUCAAAACUGAACAGUCAUAUCUAUUUGUGAAAGAGAGUGGCUUUUCAGAAAAGUCAUCUCUAAAAUUCUAUAAAUAUAAGUAAUCUCCUGAAGUAGGGGAAGUUAAUUUGCAGUAUACAAA